AUGCAAAGCCAAUAUAAUUCAUUGAAAAUUAAUUAAUAUUUCUUUUAUAAANAUGUUACUGAAGAAGCAAAAAAUUUCAUCUUAAAAAUGUUAGUAGUUGAUCCAGCCAAACGAAUCUCAGCUGAAUAAGGGUUGAAAGAUCCAUGGAUAAUUAACAACUAAAGAAUUCAAAAAAUUAAUCCUUAAAAUCUUUAAAAUCUUGAAUCUUUUCACGUAAGAAUUUAUUUUAAAUUUUAAGAAUAAAAGUAAACUUGCAUCUGCUAUUUUACAAUUAAUUUCAACCUAAAUUAUGAAUUCGAAAGAAAAAAAAGAAUUAAUAGAAGGAUUUAAAGCAAUUGAUAAAAAUAAUGAUGGUAAAUUAAGUAAAGAUGAACUAAUUUAAUGUAAAUGUAUGACAUUAAAUUAGGUUACAUGAAUUUGUAUUAAGAUGAAAUAAAAUGUGCCUAAAUAGUUGAUAAAAUAUUUUUUUCUGCAGAUCUUGAUCAUUCAGGAUCAAUUGAUUAUACUGGUAACUUUUAUGUUGAUUGAAUUAGAAUUUAUAAUUGGGUAUACAGAAAUGCAAAAUUUAAUGGCUUAGGAAAAAUUAGAAACAGCAUUUAAAUUAUUUGAUAAAGAUGGAAAUGGAAUCAUUAGCAAAUAAGAACUUUAAGAAAUACUAGGUGGAUUAAAUUUACAGGAUUAAUAAUGGGAGAAUUUAUUCAAAGAAUUAGAUAUAAAUGGUGACGGUGAAGUUUCCUUUUAAGAGUUUAAAUCAUUAUUUAUUAAAGACUCUCAAUAACAAUGA